UAAAGAAUUGCCCAACUUUAUCUGGACAUGAGAUAUCCUGAUCAGAAAUUAUGACGUUCUCCAAGGAAAGAAUGACUGACCGACUCCUGGUGGUUGGUAGAGGUGUCAGGGAGCAGGUUCUCUCCCGGAAGUUGGCACUAUCUUCCCAUGUGAAGCAGAUCCUAGUUGCUCCAGGCAAUGCCAAUACAGCUGACGGCAAAAAGAUCUGUAACUCUGCUGUCCUAGUCAGUAACCCGAGUAUUCUGAAACAAUUCUGCAAAGAUCACAACAUCGGACUGGUGGUGGUUAAUACGAUUUCUCUUCUAACUUCUGGACUUAUUGAUGAACUGACUGAGGCUGGAGUGAGGUGUUUUGGACCCAACUCAAAGGCAUCACAGCUGGAGGCCAAUAGAAGUCUUGCCAAAGAGUUUAUGGACCAACAUGGUAUCCCAACGGCACGGUGGAAAUCUUUCACUAACCCACAUGAAGCUUGCCGAUUUAUCACUUAUUCAGACUUUCCUGCUCUGGUGGUAAAGCCCAGUGCGUUGGCGUCAGCGAGGAAUGUAUACGUUGCAAGUGAUAAAGAUGAGGCCUGCAGAGCUGUUCAACAACUUACAACAGACUGGACAUCUGGAACUCCAGCAGAAACAUUCAUUGUUGAAGAGCGCUUGGAAGGGGAAGAAUUUGCAUGCCUGGCUUUUACUGAUGGGUCGACGUUCGCUCCAAUGCCUCUUGUGAAAAUCCAGGACGUUCAAUCUGAGUUAAAUCAAGGCUCACAAACUCCUGUUGCAGAAGGGUUAAUCUGCCCUGCAAAAAUGGAAAUCCUCACCAUUCUCCAGAAAAUAACUGAUGCUUUAAAGAAGGAGAAAUGGCAAUAUGCAGGUAUACUUGGAGUCAAAGUAAUAGUCACCGAACAAGGACCUAACAUUCUUGGAUUCAAAUGCCGAUUUCAAGAUCUCGAUAGCCAGAUAAUUCUUCCCCAGCUGAAGUCUGAUUUCUAUGAUGUGACCCAAGCAGCGAUUGGUGGCAAGCUUGGCUCUUGUAUACCAGAGUGGGCACAAGCGAAAGCGGCCGUUCCAGUCAAUGCAUGUGUGCAGUCCUCUGAAUACCCUGAGAACAUAGAAUUCAAAAACGAGGACCAAGAUCCAGAGACUUCCCACACCUUUCCAAAAACGAUGAUAAGUACAAAAGGACUUCAUAUUGCUACUUGUGGCCUUGUAUCUCCAGAGGACUCUGCCAGAGGUUUGCCUGGGGAUUCCAGAAAAAUGUUUCAUCACUUUGAAGUGAACAUGUCUCUGUAUAAGGAUCCAGUAUUUGUAUGCACAAAUAACAGUGCUGGAUGCAAAAUUAAAAUUGCCCAAUCUUGUGAAGAACACAGUUUGGUGGCUCAGGACCUGGUUGCAGUGUGUAUUAAUGACCUCUUGUCUCAGAGAGCAGAACCUCUUGUUUUUAUGCCACUCUUCGCCUGUGGGAAGCUUCCAGUAGCCACAAGACAAUCAGUAGUAGAUGGACUGGCCUUGGCUUGUAAAUUGGCUAAAACUACUCUAUUGGAGAGAGAAGUUGUCCGGGAUUCAGACGUGUACCCUGAAGGAUGCUACAGUCUCACUGGGUUUGCUGUAGGUGUGGUGGAAAGGAAGAGUAGACUGCCAAGACUGGAUAAAAUCGCAGAAGGAGACAUUGUGAUUGGCGUUCAUUCAUCAGCAUUGCAUUCCACUUGUAUUAAACUAAUAAGGAGGAUAAUCGAAAAACGUUCCGACAAAUACUCAACAUUCUUACCGGUGGGGAACGAAGACCACACCUGGGGUGAAAUGCUAUUAACUUCAAUGAAAAUGUACAGCCACUCAUUGCUUUCUGUACUCCAGACUGGGCACGUCCGGGCCUGCGUUCCAGUGACUGAAGGGGGACUUAAAGGAUGUAUCCUCCAAGUCCUUCCAGAAUCAUUAGGGUGUAUUAUAGAUGCUCUUUGUUGGAAGAUCCCACCAAUCUUCUCCUGGCUGUAUAAAGAGGGUGGCUUGUUAGAAGAAGACAUGAUUUGCAGCUUUAACUGCGGCAUAGGAGCUGUGCUGAUCGUCAAGAGGAACGUGGCCCAGCAGGUGCUUUCUGAGGUGCAGAAACAAGAGGAUGCAUGGCUGAUUGGGGCGCUGAUCCCAGGCCAUUCAGACGCAGGUCGCGUACAAGUCCGCCAUUUAACAGAAGCUUUGAAAGUGAACGUGUUGCAGUUAUGGAAAAAUAUCUCUCUGCAUAAGAAGUCCACUAACAUCAGAAAUGUGGCUGUUUUCUUCUGUACGACAGGAACUAAGCUACAGCAUCUUAUAGACAGCACCAGGAUGCUUGGGAACUUGGCACGUGUGACCCUGGUGAUCUCUAACCAGACUGGGGUGGAAGAAUUGAAAAAAGCUGCCGGGAUUGGAAUUCCUACACGGGUAAUCGACCAGACGUUUUUCAGCUGUCACGCUGAUUUUGAACUCGCGGUGAGCAAAGUAUUGGAAGUGUUCUCCAUUGAUCUUAUCUGCCUUGUAGAUUUCAAGAGGACUAUGUCAGGUCCGUUUCUGGACAAAUGGAAAGGGAAAAUAUUGAACACAUACCGAACACUUUCACCCUUGUAUAAAGUGGAAGGUGGUGUCCUAGCUGGAGCCAAAGUGUGUGGAUGCACGGUUUGUUUCACAGUAGAAAGCUCAGCUCCGGGCCCUAUGGUCCUGCAAGAGACAAUAACUGUCCAGACGGACGAUACAGAGAUCACUCUGAGUGAGAGAAUGCAAGAAGCACACCAGAGGGUAAUCACCAAGGCAGUUCUUAUUGUGGCAAGUGGUACAGUCAGCUUAGACAAAGAUGGCAGAGUCUGUUGGAAGUAGAAACCUGAAUCCCUAUGAGUUGCUGCUAAGAGGAUCAUGGAACUGUUUCCACUAAAACCACCACAUUCUACAGAUUGCUCUGCUUCUGGGAAUUCAGGCACUCUUUUUUUUCCAAU